AUGGCCCUAUAUAAUAACGGGGCCAAGAUGCCUUCCCCCCAGGAGGCGGCUAAUGGCUUUCCCCAACCCGGCGCCUCUGGCACCUGGCACAAGCCAGAGGAGGAGGUGCGUCUGGUGGAGCCCAGCCUGGUGAAAAAGGCUCACCGGGAGAUCCUGGAUCACGAGCGGAAGCGGCGGGUGGAGCUGAAGUGCAUGGAGCUGCAGGAGAUGAUGGAGGAACAAGGGUAUUCUGAAGAGGAGAUCCGGCAGAAAGUGGGGACCUUCCGGCAAAUGCUGAUGGAGAAGGAGGGAGUGCUCACCAGGGAGGACCAGCACGGGCGCCAGAUAGUGAUCGAAAACCACCACAUGGAGGAGUACUCCAUGGAGUACCCAGCGUACGGAGAGGGCUGCCUGCUGCCAUGUGACUGCCCAACCGACUGCUACCGAGACCACUGCAGCCACAGAGAGCACAGGCUGAAGAGGAGGAUGAGCAGCUCCCCCUCGCCGCCACCCAAGAAGAAAAAGAAAAAGAAAUCGGGUCAUCGCCGGAGCCGCAAAAAGAGGAAACCCGGAUCAGAGCGCAGCUGCGACAGCUCCUCGCCCCUCCGGAAGGAGAAGAAAAAGAAGAAUGGGAAGAAACACAGACGAGACAGGUCUGAGUCUGGAUCCCGGAAGAAGAGAAGACACAGGUCCCGGAGCCCCAAGAACAAAAGGAAAGAGAAAAACAAAGAGCGAAAGAGAUCCCCCAGCAACUCCCCAGCGCGCAGAGGCCACAGACACAGCAGUUGCAGCUCUCCCAGCGCUUCGCUCUCAUCCGAUUACAGCCACUCCAAAUCGCCCAGCAGACUAACCCCCAAGCACAGAGAGGACGGACACAAGCCCAGCAGCCUCCGCUCCAGCCGCAGCCCGUCCUCCUCUCGCACCUGGCACAGCCGCUCGGCCACGCCGCACCAGAACGGGCACAAGGGCAGCGCCCAGAACGGCCGGCACAGCCACGGCACCCCGGGCGAAAAACAGCAGGAUAGGCUGGAUUCCACGUCCCCUUCUCCCAGGGGGCACGUCAAGACCGAGCCGCCCUCCCCCCGCUCCAAGGGUGGCAGACGUGGCCCCAGAAGCCCCCGGUCGGUGUCGCCGGAGAAAGGAGGCCGAUGCUCCGGAGGGGACAAGUACCUCCACCGCCGCCGCUCCCGGUCCGCAUCGCUGCACAAACACAAGGGGAGGAGCAAGGGCAAGGCCUCCGCCCAGAAGGAGUCUCCCCACUCGCUCAGCCACACCGACUACAGCAGCGAUUCGGAGGGGUCGGCCUGCUCACACCCCUACCCGGCGGCGCGGGGGGCGGAGAAGAACCACGGGGCGCACUUGAAAAAGGUGAAGGACAGACACCACCGGGGCAGGCCAAACAGCUGCUCCCAGUCACCGGUCAAGCACUCCAGGCACAACUCCGAGAGAAGGAAGAGCCUGUCCCGAAGCAGCUCCUGGAGCUCCAUCGACUCCUCAUCCAAAUCCCGGUCGCGAUCCCGGGAGAAAAGAGCCGCACGGAGCCGGAGCCAGUCUCCAUCGCAGAAAAAAAACGCAAGCAGAGAGAAAGACAACGAGCCCCGAACACGGCACAGUGACACGGAUCCUGCCCGGGCCAGGCGUCGCUCCAGAAGCUAUUCCCCUAUCAGGAAGAGGAGGCGUGACUCUCCCAGCUUCAUGGAGCCCAGAAGAAUUACAAGUGCCCGCAAGCGCCCGAUCCCCUACUACAGACCCAGCCCUUCCUCUUCCAGCUCCCUGAGCAGCUACUCCUACAGCCGGAGCUACAGCCGGAGCUACGACAGCUACAGUACCAGCCGGAGCCGGACUCGCAGCCCCCACAGCCGCUCUCGCAGCCCGAGCCCGAGCCCCAGCUACAACAGCCGCAGCAGCUCGGAGAGCGCUGGGUUCUGA